GGAGGAGGGAGUGGACACAGGAAAGAGGGGAACAGAGAAAAAAGAAAAAAAAUCUCAUGCCACGGUGUCUGAAUAUAUCCUCUGCUUGUAGAUAUUUCCAUCUGAGUUGCACUUUUGCCUUUUUAUUUCCGUUUUUGGACACCUCUUUUAUCAUGCAGCCAACUGGAAUAGACAAAGCACAGUUGGUGCCCUGAGCGACAGAACUCUGGUAGGGGGCUGGCUGUAAAUUGACGUGGCAUGGAAAUUCUCCACGAAGUUGUAGCAGCUUGCAUGUUUCUCCUAAGAUCAAGCCCAGCCUCCCGGAGCUGUAGCUUAGUCAUGAUGGGCUCAACGACUGUUCAGAAAAAUGGAUAGAAAAAGUCUUCAGCUCCUUUCUUUGGACUCAGAUGUUUUCUUUUUGAGUAUCUAUGGUGUAGCUGAAAAAAUCAAAGCAGUUAAGUCUAUAACUUUCUUUUUGCAGCUUGAACAACAGAAUUUGCUGCUCUCCCUCCCCUGUCCUGCAAUUUAAUUCCUUACAGAUUUUGCCAUGGGGUGCGGACUUAGAAAGCUAGAAGACCCUGAUGAUAGCAGCCCUGGAAAAAUAUUUUCUACCCUGAAGAGACCACAAGUGGAAACAAAGACAGAAUUUGCUUACGAAUAUGUAUUGCUGGAUUUUACUUUACAAGCUUCACCGAAUUCAGAAGUCAUCAAGAUAAAUUCAAUUCCAGACAUAGUGACAAAAGUGGAAGAUUAUUACCUUAAAGGAUAUGUUGUUGGGGCUAUUCAUCCUGUCAUACAACCUGUGCGGCAGAGAAAACAUCUACCUGCAAGUUACCUAUACAGGGCGGUGCUGUCGCGCUUGAAAUUAAGCCCGAAGCAUUCAGCAGCACCCAGUGGACAAAGACGCCCACGGCUUGUGAUUGAGGAAUGUCCUCUAACUUAUGAGACACAAACAAAUGACAUAGCAAAAGAACUGAUAGAAAAGAUUAACGUAGCUUCUAAAAGAGGAAUGAGAUUUGUCGGAUUCGUAUCACAGCAUUAUCCGCCAUUCUGCAAUGGAACCAACCAUGACGGAGAUAUAGAAUCAACGCUGCACGUGAGACACACCUCAGAUGAAAACUGUAAAAGUUGGAAUGAAGGAACAUUAAGUGGGCAAUCAUCUGAAAGUGGAAUUGAGGAAGAGUUUCAUCAUGAAAGUGGGCAGGGUCAAACAGAACGAGAUGGCAGCCCCAGUUCCUCUAAAUCCAAAAAGGGAGAAGAUAACAAGUUGUAUAUAGCCUUCAAUGUUUUUGACGAUGACUCAAGCUGCUGGACCUAUCAGGAGGGCAUUCUGUCAGUGAAAGUAACAAGAAAAGGAUCUGUCAUUAGUACACUUGAUGCUGAUUGGUUGGAGUUAACUACAUUUUAUUAUAAGCAAGGCUUGUCUUUAAUUGAUUCUUUUCUAUGCUGGGAAACAUCUAAAGGAGACCAUUUGCCUAAAUCUUUAGAAGGAUUCUUUAUCUAUGAAGAAGAAGGUUCUGGAGUUCCAGGUUCCAGUAGAAAAGGAAAUGAUGCCAUCGUAGUAGAACAAUGGACUGUUAUUGAGGGCUGUGAAAUCAAGACGGAUUACGGCCCCCUGCUGCACACGCUGGCCGAGUUUGGGUGGCUCCUGACCCACGUGCUGCCUACACCUAUACUGAGACAUGACAGUGAAGGGAACUUGGCUACAAAGCAGGUGGUGUUUCUUCAGAGACCAGUUAUAUGGAAUUCAGUGGCUCAGACACCAGAAAGACCAUGUCCUCCUCUUUAUUCAGAACUGCACCAAGUACAUUGUCAGCCUUCAAGGAAAGCCAGCCGGCAUAUAAAAGGUGAAGACAGGAACAAAGUCACCAGUAGGAGCAUCGGACUAGAUACGACCACGUCCCAACCUGCGGAGACCAGAAGCCCACCUGCGGAGGGCCCACUCUCUCCCUCCAGAGAGUGUUGGCUGAAGGAGAAGAGACCGGCACACUGUAGCAGCCUCUCGGGGUUCAGCAGCAGCGACAGCGUCCUGCGGGAAUUUGACGAUGGACAGUUUGACCAGGAAGAUGGAGUAACUCAGGUCACCUGUAUGUGAGCAAUGCAGUAAAGUAACAGAAGCCCCUGUACGUAAUUAUUAAAAUAACUGCCAAUUGACUUGAUUGUAUUACUUUAUCUGCAUUUAGGGGGUAGUUUGAAUUUUCCCAGGCUCAGGCUUCCUUCUAAUCACAGAAAACUUUGACUCAACCUCCCAGACAAGGAAGAAUAACCAACAUAUUUGUACAUUUAGAAUCAUGUUUACACUACUCUCAAAUAAAAACAUCUGUUUAAUCAGAUGUCUCAUUAGGUUAUUAACUGAUAAUCUACUUCAUUUUCUCAUGAAUGUACAUGUUAUAAUUUCUUACAAUUCCUGGUAAGAAGACUAAAUAUCUCAACCAGUAUUUUACCUAAUUAGAAAGUUCUCAGGACGUUAGAGUCUUACUUAAACUGAAAAAAUAAUGUGUAUGUCUCUCUCUCCCUCUUGCACACACACACAGGGCUAUUAAUGAAAACCUAUUUCCUGAAUAUAACAAUAAAUCCAAAUUUUGUCUUUAACCAUGUCAUGUAUGUACAAAACAAACCCCUAUUUGUUAAAAUAUUCUUUGGAAAAAAUCUUUUUUGUAUGUCUUUGCUUUUAAAAGGUCACCAUGUUACCAAGCCUGUACUGAUUCAUUGAACUUUAAACUCUGUUGUUUCUAAUAACCUAGAAAUAGAGAGAGCAAAGCAGCAUCCCUUACCAUCCAAUACGGGAAGAACCCAGUCUCAACAUUUAAAAAUCUUAGUAGACCGAAAGGGUUAAUUUUAUAUUUUUUAUAUUUCAAGUAGUAUGAAAAGGGAAAACAUCAACUUUGAAUGGAAACUGAAGACUUUUACAUCUGUCUGGAUUUGAAUUAUGCUUCUAUUUUGAUGGCUAAAUCAUGAAGAAGCUGGAGACCCAGAAUUUUCCGUCCUGCAGGCGUUGACAGGUGCUCACAGCACAGGCGAUGGGUCUGGCGAACUCGCUGUUUCACCUCUGCUUCUCAUGCUCUGCUGUAAGGGUGCCUUUGCCCUGCCCAGUCUUUAACAGGCGAACAUUAAAAUUCUACAAAACAGAGGAUUUUCAUUGCUCUAUGAAAGUCUUACUUUGAAAUGUGGGAACCUUCAAGUGAAUUACAACUGACUUUGCCAUUUAUAAAUUCAACAUGUUAUAUAAUUUUAUUAGCAUUGAUGUUAACAUUAUAAGAUCAUUUAAAUAAUAAAAUGUCAUUUGUCA